AUGCCUCCCCACUUGAACCACCGCAAAUCCACUCGAGGCUGUCUGCGCUGCAAGACCCGCAAAGUCAAGUGCGAUGAAAACAAACCCCAAUGCAGCGGAUGCCAUCGCCACAACGUCCCCUGUGAAUAUCCCUCCUUUGAGGCCCGUCGCUUCGAUCCCCGAGCGAAAAAAGCGCGACGCGAUGCUCCGUCCUCCGACUUUGGCUCCAUCCAGACGACGGACCUGCGGCUGAUGCACCACUAUGCCACUGAAACAGCAGCCACGUUGAGCUCGGCGCAUUUCCCAGCCGUGCGAGCCAUGUGGGCGAUCGACGUUCCCGAGAUGGCGUUUGAAUACGAGCCCCUGUUGCACACGCUGCUGGCCCUCGCGGCCGUCCAUCGCGCGACGCUGAGGCCAGAUGAAACAGACCAGUUGCGCCCUGUCCAGCAGGCCCACAUCGACAAAGCGCUGCAGCAUCACCGGUCGAUCACGGCCAAUCUGGCGGAGACGAUCAGCGAGUCGGUCUGUGUGAAUACGAUUCUUAUCUCGCUGUACACGCUGACUCUCCGCGCGGAGGCCCCGAUGGAGCCGUACGAGCCUCCGUUGCUGUGGAUGAACAUGUCGCAUGGCAUCCGGACAAUGCUGCGGAUGGUCUACGAUCAGCUCAUCGAGUCCAAAUCGCGUAUUUUCCCUCUGUUGGUGGCUCAGCCGAUUGUCCAUGGCACGGGGAAGGACAGUUCGAGUCCAGACAAUCCGUUCCAAUUUCUUCUUCACUGCCACCGGGAUGAAGAGGAUAUGGAUGAGUCUUUACUAGAUGUGUACAAAGACGCCAUUGCCUAUCUGGAGACCAACUUGAAUGCCAUAAAACGGAAAGAAUCUGACUUUGACAUCCGCAAGCGAUUUUCUGCCUUCCCAGCCGUGUUUACGCAUUGCUUCAUCCAGCUUGUUUCAGAAAAAAGACCACGCGCCCUGGUCAUUCUAGCAUAUCUCUUCGCGCUGGUCAAAGGGGCUGAGGAUUCCUGGUGGCUGCGUGGAAUUCCCGAACGAGAAGUCCGGGGUAUCAACAGUAUCAUGCCUCUACACUGGAAGUGGGCGAUGGCCUGGCCAUUGCAUCUUACGAUUGACAAUCCUGAAGCUAUUCCCAUGCCAGUUGCCGAUCCUGGUCGUCUUUAG